GCAUGGAAGAAUGCGCAUGUUGGAAUUCUCUUCGUGGACCAACCUGCCAACAUGGAGGUCUCAGACGUGCAACUGUUCGACAACCACAUCGGCAUCACUGGAACUUUCCAUCGGAAGAUGGGUGACAUGCUCCACUCUUUCACGAUGCGUGACAGCAAGGUCUACGGCUCCACAGCCCUGUCCAACUGCAACGCCUCGCUCCAAUGCUUGGCAGUUGGCCCUGGGGAGGCAAGUCCUUCCGGCUGCGGCUCUUUGCCGGGACCUGAUGUGCGACGAGUUGGCAUCUUGUUGCCCAUCAUCACCAAUCGCGGGAAGACCUGCGAGGACGGGCCCGUCUUGCGCGCAUGUCCUUUGGCCAACCUCCCCGACCGCAACUGCGCGCUGCCCUGGGAGAGCCGCUACGGCACGCGGGGUUCCAG